GACAGCAUCGACAGCUCAGAUCUGACUGCACCCGUCACUGCCGCUGUGAUCAAAUGGUGCGGUGGCCUUCUUAGGACAGCAUCGACUUUCAGGCCUGGCUGCUUGGAUCUGAAGCCUCCCAGUCCUCUACGCCAGGGAACCCAGCCUCAGACCUGGCCAACGGCGUAACCAGCACCGCAGCAGCAAUUGAAGGCAGACAAUGCGGGCCCCUAGUCUGCUGCUAUUGCUGGCCCUGUCAGUCGGCGCUGCCGGCCGGCUGAACGUGCUGCUGGUGCUGGUGGACGACCUGCGGCCGGCGCUCGGCUGCUACGGUGAUCCCCUGGCGGUGACGCCCAACCUGGACCGGCUUGCUGUCCAGAGCACCCUCUUCAGCCGCGCCUACGCCCAGCAGGCGCUGUGCGGUCCCAGCCGGACCUCCCUGCUGACCUCCCGCCGACCGGACACCACGCGCCUGUUCGACACGGGCAGUUACUGGCGCCAGGCGGCCGGCAACUUCAGCAGCCUACCGCAGCUCUUCAGGGAGCGCGGCUACUACACCGCCUCCAUGGGCAAGGUGUUCCACCCCGGCAUCGUGUCCAACUACAGCGACGACCAGCCGUACAGCUGGUCCGAGCCGCCGUACCACCCGUCGUCCCAGGCCGACAAGGACGCGCCGGUUUGUCUCGGAGAAGACGGUAAACCGCACUCCAACCUCUAUUGCCCGGUCGACGUCAGCGCUCAGCCGCAGCGGACACUGCCCGACAUUCAGACUGUGCAACGUGCCGCUAGAUGGCUGCAGGAUCGCAGCGGACGGGCAGAGCCGUGGAUGCUGGCUGUGGGACUUCACAAGCCGCACAUCCCACUGAAGAUGCCCUGGCAGUACUUAAACCUGUACCCGAUCGACUCGGUGUCGCCGCCCGCGCAGCCCACCCGCCCGGCCGGCCUGCCGCCGGUCGCCUGGAACCCCUGGAGUGACGUCAGACAUCGUGAUGACGUCAGACAGCUCAACAUAAGCUUCCCGUACGGACCAAUGCCAGGGUUCUUCGCCCGGUUCGUACGUCAGGCCUACUACGCCGCCGUGUCAUACGUGGACGAGCUAGUGGGGCAGCUGCUGGAGGCGUUGGCGACGGCCGGCCACGCCGACAACACCGUCAUCCUGCUCUGCGGGGACCACGGCUGGGCGCUCGGCGAACGGGGCGAGUGGGCCAAGUACAGCACGUCCGAGGACGCCACGCGGACGCCGCUGCUGCUGCACCUGCCGAGCCGUAGCGGCUCGCUAGCCGGAUUCCGCCGCGUCUCCGCCCUCCACCGGCUCCAGACUCGGCCGGUAGAGGGCGGCGCCGUCCACGUGUCCACGCCGGUGGAGCUGGUGGACCCGCCGCCGGCGGCCGACGUCGUGGCGGCUUGUGACGCGCCGGUGGCGGCGGCCGCCGUCGCCUUCUCGCAGUACCCCCGGCCGUCAGUGACGCCGCGCGCCGACUCGGACCAGCCCCGCCUGCGCGACGUGGCCGUGAUGGGCUUCUCGGCGCGCUCGGCGCGCUACCGCUACACCGAGUGGGUGCGCUACGACCCGGCGACGAUGCGGCCGCUGUGGCGCCACCUGGUGGCCGACGAGCUGUACGACCACGCGGUCGACCCGCUGGAGGCGGCGAACCUGGCGCAGGCGCCGACCGCUUGA